CUGGCCUCCCCACUGCCUGCUCCUUCUCCCUACGCUGCUCCUACUGGAGGUCUUGCUGAGCGUCGUGAGCCUGAGUCGCGUCCUGCGUCACCUGUUCGUGCUGCUCGCACUGGUCGUCGUGUUCCACGUCCGCGUCAUCCUGCGGUCCCCGGCACGCACCACAUGGCACUGCGUCCUUCCACUGCUCCGCAGCGUGUCCCUUUGCCGUCUCCUCCAGAGUCCUCUCUUCCUACUCUUGCUGACUCGGAGUCUGACUCCCUUCGUGCUGCCAGUCCUACUGUCACGCGUCUCCUGGCCACUGUUGUCACUGACCCUUCCUUUGAGUCCACUGCUGCGUCUGCCUUAGUUGCUGAGCUUGUCGACUUCGCUGCUCACUGUCGUCUCGACUAUGCAGCUAGUCUUGUUGCAGAGUCUGAGUCUGUCUGUCCUCCGUCCGUCGGGGGUGAGUGUGCUCUUAGCACGGACGUCCUUGAGGACAGGCAGGAGGAGUUUGAGUGCUUUGCCGCUGCUGUACCUCAUCUCGUGUCCAUGCUGCUUGCCCCUGAGGGAGACCCGGAUGCACCAGACAUCCCGACCCCCCGCUCUUACGCAGAGGCGAUAGAGGGUCCCUACUCCUCUCAGUGGCAGUCAGCCAUGGAUGCAGAGAUGGCUUCCUGGAAGUCCACAGGCACUUACGUCGACGAGGUUCCCCCACCUGGGGCGAACAUCGUCAGUGGCAUGUGGAUUUUCAGGGUGAAGCGGCCGCCGGGUUCUCCGCCUGUCUUCAAGGCGCGUUACGUGGCUCGAGGCUUCAGUCAGCGGCAGGGAGUUGACUACUUUCAGACCUUCUCCCCGACCCCGAAGAUGACCACUCUUUGGGUUCUGCUGCACGUUGCUGCUCAGCGUGACUACGAGCUACACUCUCUUUACUUCAACACAGCUUUCCUACAGGGCAGCCUGCACGAGGAGAUCUGGCUGCGCCGCCCACCUGGCUUCACUGGGUCGUUUCUUUCAAGUACCCAGUGGAGCCUCCGGCGGCCAGUCUACGGUCUCCGCCAGGCGCCCCGUGAGUGGCACGACACACUGAGGACUACGCUUGCGGCUCUUGGGUUUGCUCCUUCUACUGCUGACCUGUCGCUGUUUCUGCGCACCGACACUUUGCUGCCGCAGUUCUACAUCCUCGUGUACGUCGACGACUUGGUCUUUGCUACGGCUGACACUGCUGGACUCGCCCACGUGAAGUCCGAGCUACAGAAGAGACACACGUGCACAGACCUGGGUGAAGUGCGCAGCUAUCUUGGCUUGCAGAUCACCCGGGACAGAGCACGGCACACCAUUACCCUGACUCAGUCACACAUGGUGCAGCAGGUCCUUCAGCGCUUCGACUUCACGUACUCCUCGCCUCAGGCCACUCCUCUGUCUACUCGCCACUCGCUCUCAGCUCUGCCUUCGGAUGAGUCCGUAGAGCCGAGUGGCCCGUACCCAGAGCUUGUUGGCUGCCUCAUGUACCUGAUGACCUGCACUCGUCCUGACCUGGCAUACCCUCUUAGCAUCUUGGCACGCUAUGUUGCUCCUGGGAGACACCGACCAGAGCACAUGGCUGCAGCGAAGAAGGUGUUGCGCUACUUGUGCAGUACGUCGGGCAUGGGGCUAGUGCUUGGAGGGCGGAGUCCAGUGGUCCUCACUGGUCACGCAGACGCGUCUUGGGUUGACGACCUGGCUACGCAGCGGUCGUCACAGGGUUACACCUUCAGCCUUGGUUCCGGCUCUGUUUUGUGGCGGUCUACCCGCUCGUCUUCUGUUCUCAGCUCCAGCUGUGAGGCUGAGAUCUACGCAGGGGCCAUGGCUGCACAGGAGUUACGCUGGCUCACCUACCUGCUGACUGACCUGGGAGAGCCGCCUCGUUCUCCUCCAGUUCUGUACGUAGACAACAAGGCCAUGUUGGCCUUGUGUCGGGAGCACAGACUGGAGCACAGAACAAAGCACAUUGCUCUUCGCUACUUCCUUGCUCGUGAGCUGCAGCAGCGUGGUCAGCUGCGCCUUGCUUACGUGGCCUCUCAGGCCAACACUGCUGAUAUCUUCACCAAGGCACUUCAGCCUUGUGAUCAUCAGCGCUUCUGUACUAUGUUAGGUCUUGUGCCUACUUGGCCUCACUUGCUUACCUCUUGA